CUCCCGACCCACCGCCCACCACGGCCCUCACCUGCGUGUUGCGGUGCUUCCCCUGUGAGCCGACCUGGGCUGGCAGUCCCUUCUUGCACCGCCCGCCAACCCCGCCCAUGGUCAGAAUGACGCGCUCUAAGACCUUCCAGGCGUACUUGCCUAGCUGCCACCGAACCUACAGUUGCAUCCACUGCCGAGCUCACCUGGCCAACCACGACGAGCUCAUCUCCAAGUCGUUCCAGGGCAGCCAGGGCAGAGCCUACCUGUUCAACUCAGUGGUGAAUGUCGGGUGUGGACCUGCAGAGGAGAGAGUUUUGCUCACAGGCCUGCAUGCUGUAGCAGAUAUCUACUGUGAGAACUGCAAGACGACCCUGGGCUGGAAAUACGAACAUGCCUUUGAGAGCAGUCAGAAGUAUAAAGAGGGCAAGUUCAUCAUCGAGCUGGCUCACAUGAUCAAGGACAACGGCUGGGACUGAGGGACAAGCAGUCGGGACAUGACCACAGCUGUG